AUGUCUUGCUCCAAUGUUGCCAUGUUAGUCUCCUCCAAACCUUCAUUACCUGAUGCUUCCAACCUCUCCUUCCGUUCUGCUUUCAACCCUUUUCAGCUUCCUUCACAAAACUCAUCCUCUUGCACCCCUUCAAGACCAGCCUCAAUCCAGUGUGGUCUCAGAGAUCUCAGAAACCGUAUCGAUUCUGUCAAAAACACUCAGAAAAUCACCGAGGCAAUGAAACUUGUGGCUGCUGCUAAAGUCAGAAGAGCUCAAGAAGCUGUUGUGAAUGGCAGACCUUUUUCAGAGACACUUGUUGAAGUUCUUUACAGCAUCAAUGAACAGCUUCAAACCGAAGAUGUUGAAUCCCCUCUAACUAAGCUUAGACCGGUGAAGAAAGUCGCUCUCGUCGUUUGCACGGGCGAUAGAGGUCUCUGUGGUGGAUUCAACAAUGCAAUAUUGAGAAAAGCUGAAAUUAGAAUUGCUGAGUUGAAAGAGCUUGGUCUUGAGUACACUGUUAUCAGUGUUGGUAAAAAGGGUAACUCUUAUUUUAAUCGUAGACCUUUUAUUCCUGUUGAUAGGUUUCUUGUAGGUGGAUCACUUCCUACUGCUAAAGAAGCACAGGCUAUUGCUGAUGAUGUUUUCUCACUUUUUGUUAGUGAAGAAGUUGAUAAAGUUGAACUUUUGUACUCUAAGUUUGUGUCACUAGUGAAAUCAAAUCCUAUAAUUCAUACUUUGCUUCCACUCUCACCGAAAGGUGAAAUCUGUGAUAUCAAUGGAAACUGUGUUGAUGCUGCUGAGGAUGAGCUUUUCAGGUUAACAACAAAAGAAGGAAAGUUAACCGUUGAAAGAGAUGUUAUUAGAACUAAGACAGAAGAUUUUUCGCCGAUUUUGCAGUUUGAGCAGGAUCCUGUUCAGAUUCUUGAUGCACUUUUGCCGCUUUAUUUGAACAGUCAAAUCUUGAGGGCGUUGCAGGAAUCGCUGGCUAGCGAAUUAGCUGCUAGAAUGACUGCUAUGAGUACUGCUUAUGAUAAUGCUAGUGAUUUGAGGGAUGAUUUGUCAAUGCUUUACAAUAGGCAACGCCAAGCGAAGAUCACCGGUGAAAUUCUCGAAAUUGUUGCUGGUGCUGAUGCCUUGUCAUAG